UCGGUGCGGGAGGGAAAAAGGGGAGGAAUAGGGAGGUGUUGGUAGGGGUGAUAGUUAAAGGUGAAAACGUGGGUUUCCGAUUUUUUGUAGUCAAUGUGAGUGUUACUGUCGCGUUGCCCGGUGGCUGUUAAAGUACGAUUUUACACAAUUUUCUCAAAGGUGAGAGGGAGUUAUUUCUUACCCGCCCCCUAAAGAGACGUCGCUAGACUGCUGGGAGUUUGAGCCAUGCAAGGACCUCCUUCCGGAGAUAGCGCAUGCCCACUGCGCUCCAUCAAAAGGGUUCAGUUUGGUAUCCUGAGCCCAGAUGAAAUGAAACGGAUGUCUGUAACUGAAGGUGGAAUCAAGUACUCAGAGACCACGGAGGGCGGCCGCCCAAAGCUGGGUGGGCUGAUGGACCCCAGGCAAGGUGUAAUUGAAAGAACUGGAAGGUGCCAGACUUGUGCAGGUAACAUGACCGAGUGCCCAGGGCACUUCGGCCACAUCGAGCUGGCAAAGCCUGUUUUUCACGUUGGUUUCCUGACAAAGACAAUGAAAGUUCUGCGCUGCGUCUGUUUCUUCUGUUCCAAACUGCUGGUGGAUUCAAAUAAUCCUAAAAUCAAAGACAUCUUGAUCAAGUCGAAAGGACAGCCACGCAAACGUCUGACCCAUGUGUACGACCUGUGCAAGGGCAAGAACAUUUGUGAAGGAGGAGAAGAGAUGGACAACAAGUUUGGAGUGGAGCAACCAGAGGGUGAUGAGGACCUCAGCAAGGAGAAGGGCCACGGGGGCUGCGGUCGGUACCAGCCUCGCAUUCGGAGGGUGGGCUUGGAGCUGUAUGCUGAGUGGAAACAUGUAAAUGAGGACUCACAGGAGAAGAAGAUCCUACUGAACCCAGAGCGCGUCUACGAGAUCUUCAAGCGCAUCACCGAUGAGGAGUGCGUCAUCCUGGGCAUGGACCCCAAGUACGCCAAGCCCGAGUGGAUGAUCCUGACCGUCCUCCCUGUGCCGCCUCUCUCUGUGCGUCCAGCUGUCGUCAUGCAGGGCUCAGCGAGGAACCAGGACGACCUGACACACAAGCUGGCUGACAUCGUGAAGAUCAAUAACCAGCUGCGGCGCAAUGAGCAGAAUGGGGCAGCAGCUCACGUCAUUGCCGAGGAUGUCAAGCUGCUGCAGUUCCAUGUGGCCACCAUGGUGGACAAUGAGCUGCCCGGUCUACCCAGGGCGAUGCAGAAGUCAGGCCGUCCCCUGAAGUCCCUCAAACAGAGGCUUAAGGGGAAGGAAGGCCGGGUCCGUGGAAACCUGAUGGGCAAGCGUGUGGAUUUCUCAGCCCGUACUGUCAUCACACCUGACCCCAACCUCUCCAUUGAUCAGGUCGGCGUGCCUCGAUCGAUUGCUGCCAACAUGACCUUCCCUGAAAUCGUCACUCCCUUCAAUAUUGACAGACUCCAGGAACUGGUGAGGAGAGGCAACAACCAGUAUCCUGGUGCCAAAUACAUCAUCCGGGACAAUGGUGACAGAAUCGACCUGCGCUUCCACCCCAAACCCAGCGACCUCCAUCUCCAAAUCGGAUACAAGGUGGAGAGACACAUGUGUGAUGGCGACAUUGUCAUCUUCAACCGGCAGCCCACGCUGCACAAGAUGUCCAUGAUGGGGCACAAGGUGCGCAUCCUACCCUGGUCCACUUUUCGACUCAACCUCAGUGUGACAACUCCGUACAAUGCGGAUUUCGAUGGUGAUGAGAUGAAUCUCCACUUGCCUCAGUCGUUGGAGACACGAGCAGAGAUUCAGGAGCUAGCCAUGGUACCCAGGAUGAUCGUCACGCCACAAUCCAACAGGCCUGUCAUGGGCAUCGUGCAGGACACGCUGACAGCUGUGCGCAAGUUCACCAAGCGAGAUGUUUUUAUGAGCCGGGGUGAGGUGAUGAAUCUGUUGAUGCAUCUCUCGACCUGGGAUGGUAAGGUGCCUCAGCCAUCCAUCCUGAAACCUCGGCCCCUGUGGACGGGCAAACAGAUCUUCACACUGGUCAUCCCAGGGCACAUCAACUGCAUCCGGACGCACAGCACUCACCCGGAUGACGAGGACAAUGGUCCCUACAAGCACAUCUCACCGGGAGACACCAAGGUGAUUGUAGAGAAUGGGGAGCUGAUCAUGGGAAUCCUGUGCAAGAAGUCGUUGGGUACCUCAGCCGGAUCCCUGGUACACAUCACCUUCCUGGAGAUGGGUCAUGACAUCACGAGGCUGUUCUACAGCAACAUCCAGACUGUCAUCAACAACUGGCUGCUGAUUGAAGGUCACACCAUUGGUAUUGGUGAUUCUAUUGCCGAUGCUAAGACCUACCAAGACAUUCAGAAUACCAUCAAAAAGGCCAAGCAAGAUGUCAUAGAGGUCAUUGAGAAAGCUCACAACAAUGAGCUGGAGCCCACGCCAGGCAACACCCUGCGACAGACCUUUGAGAACCAGGUAAACCGAAUCCUGAACGAUGCCCGUGAUAAGACUGGCUCGUCCGCCCAGAAAUCCCUUUCUGAGUACAACAACUUCAAGUCCAUGGUGGUCGCUGGCUCCAAAGGAUCAAAAAUCAACAUCUCACAGGUUAUCGCUGUGGUGGGGCAGCAGAAUGUGGAGGGGAAGCGGAUUCCUUUCGGCUUUAAGCACCGCACUCUGCCGCACUUCAUCAAGGAUGACUACGGCCCGGAGAGCAGAGGUUUUGUGGAGAACUCUUACCUGGCUGGCCUGACCCCCACUGAAUUCUUCUUCCAUGCCAUGGGAGGCAGAGAGGGUCUGAUUGAUACUGCUGUCAAGACUGCUGAGACAGGUUACAUCCAGAGACGUCUGAUCAAGUCCAUGGAGUCUGUGAUGGUGAAGUACGAUGCAACUGUGCGGAACUCUAUUAAUCAGGUGAUCCAGCUGCGGUACGGGGAGGAUGGGCUGGCAGGAGAGAAUGUGGAAUUCCAGAACCUGGCAUCAGUGAAGCCAUCCAACAAAGCCUUCGAGAAGAAGUUCAAGCUGGAGUACACUAAUGAGCGAAGUCUGCGCAGGACCCUGCAGGAGGACAUUGUCAAGGAGAUCCUUAGUAAUGCUGCCAUCCAGAAUGAGCUGGAGGUGGAGUUUGAGAAGAUGAAGGAAGACAGGGAGGUUCUGAGAGCAGUCUUCCCCACUGGAGACAGCAAGGUGGUUCUUCCCUGCAACCUGCUGCGGAUGAUCUGGAAUGCCCAGAAAAUCUUCCACAUCAACACAAGAACGGCGACCGACCUGCACCCCAUUCGUGUGAUUGAAGGUGUGAAGGAGCUGAGUAAGAAGCUGAUCAUUGUUAACGGUGAUGACCCCCUCAGCCGGCAGGCCCAGGAAAAUGCAACGCUGCUCUUCAACAUCCACCUGCGCUCCACUCUCUGCAGCCGCCGCAUGACCGAGGAGUUCCGCCUCACCAGCGAGGCCUUCGAGUGGCUGCUGGGGGAAAUAGAGGCCAAGUUCAACCAGUCCAUUGCCCACCCUGGGGAGAUGGUGGGUGCUCUGGCUGCCCAGUCGCUGGGAGAGCCUGCCACUCAGAUGACCCUGAACACCUUUCACUAUGCCGGUGUGUCAGCCAAGAACGUCACCCUGGGUGUUCCACGUCUGAAAGAGCUGAUCAACAUUUCAAAGAAGCCCAAGACGCCCUCACUCACUGUCUUCUUGCUGGGACAGUCUGCCAGGGACGCUGAACGUGCCAAGGACAUCCUUUGUCGCCUGGAACACACCACGCUGAGGAAAGUCACUGCCAAUACAGCCAUCUAUUACGACCCAGAUCCCCAGAAUACAGUGGUGUCUGAGGACCAGGAGUGGGUCAACGUCUACUAUGAGAUGCCGGACUUUGACGUGACGCGCAUCUCCCCCUGGCUGCUGCGCAUCGAGCUGGACCGGAAGCAUAUGACCGACCGGAAACUGACCAUGGAGCAAAUCGCUGAGAAAAUCAAUGCUGGUUUUGGUGAUGAUUUAAACUGCAUUUUUAACGAUGACAACGCAGAGAAACUGGUGUUGAGAAUUCGCAUCAUGAACAGUGACGAGAAUAAGUUCCAGGAGCAAGAAGAGGAGGUGGUGGAUAAGAUGGACGAUGAUGUCUUCCUGCGGUGCAUUGAGUCCAACAUGCUGACCGACAUGACACUACAGGGGAUUGAGCAGAUCAGUAAGGUUUACAUGCACCUUCCCCAGACCGACAACAAGAAGAAGAUCAUCAUUACAGAGGAGGGGGAGUUCAAAGCUUUGCAGGAGUGGAUUCUGGAGACAGACGGCGUCAGCCUGAUGCGGGUGCUGAGUGAGAAAGAUGUGGACCCUGUCCGCACCACCUCUAAUGAUAUUGUGGAGAUCUUUACGGUCCUGGGCAUCGAGGCUGUGCGGAAAGCCUUGGAACGGGAACUGUACCACGUCAUCUCCUUUGAUGGUUCCUAUGUCAACUACCGCCACUUGUCCCUGCUGUGUGACACUAUGACAUGCCGUGGACACUUAAUGGCCAUCACUCGGCACGGAGUGAACCGCCAAGACACGGGGCCACUCAUGAAGUGCUCCUUCGAGGAAACGGUGGAUGUUCUGAUGGAGGCUUCAGCCCACGGUGAGAUGGACCCCAUGAAAGGGGUGUCUGAGAACAUCAUGUUAGGGCAGCUGGCUCCUGCGGGCACUGGUGCCUUUGACCUACUGCUAGACGCCGAGAAGUGCAAGUACGGCAUGGAGAUCCCCACCAACAUCGGCGGGCUGGGAAUUGGAGGACCCACUGGGAUGUUCUUUGGCUCUGCUCCCAGCCCAAUGGGAGGGAUGUCUCCGGCCAUGACUCCAUGGAACCAGGGAGCCACUCCUGCAUAUGGAGCCUGGUCACCAAGUGUGGGCAGUGGGAUGACUCCAGGAGCUGCCGGCUUCUCUCCCAGUGCAGCUUCCGAUGCCAGCGGAUUUAGUCCUGGAUACUCUCCAGCCUGGUCCCCAACCCCUGGUUCACCAGGGUCCCCAGGGCCCUCCAGUCCCUACAUCCCAUCACCAGGAGGGGCAAUGUCCCCCAGCUACUCGCCAACUUCUCCUGCCUAUGAGCCGAGGUCUCCGGGCGGUUACACCCCGCAGAGCCCCAGCUACUCACCAACGUCCCCCUCCUACUCACCCACCUCGCCCUCCUACUCUCCCACCAGUCCGAACUACUCCCCCACCUCGCCCUCCUACUCUCCCACCAGCCCCAGUUACAGCCCCACCUCUCCCAGUUACAGCCCCACCAGCCCCUCCUACUCUCCCACCUCACCUUCCUACUCUCCUACCUCUCCCAGCUACAGCCCUACCUCUCCCAGCUACUCUCCCACCUCGCCUAGCUACUCACCCACCUCACCCAGCUAUUCACCCACUUCUCCCUCCUACUCUCCUACAUCACCCUCCUACUCUCCUACGUCACCCUCCUAUUCGCCCACUUCACCCUCUUACUCCCCAACAAGCCCAAGCUAUUCUCCCACUUCACCCAACUACACUCCCACCUCACCCAACUACAGCCCCACUUCUCCAAGUUACAGCCCCACCUCACCCAGUUACACUCCUACCUCUCCCAAUUACAGUCCCACCUCUCCAAGCUACAGCCCCACAUCACCCAGUUACAGCCCCACCUCACCCAGCUACUCUCCCUCCAGCCCUCGCUACACGCCCCAAUCCCCCACAUACACACCCAGCUCUCCCAGCUACAGCCCCAGCAGCCCAAGCUACUCCCCAACCAGUCCCAAGUACUCUCCCACCAGUCCCUCCUACAGCCCCAGCUCUCCAGAGUACACCCCCACCUCUCCCAAGUACAGCCCUACUAGUCCCAAGUACUCACCCACCUCCCCGAAAUACUCUCCCACCUCUCCCACAUACUCGCCCACAACCCCCAAGUAUUCACCCACCAGCCCUACCUACUCACCUACCUCCCCCGUGUACACCCCCACCUCCCCAAAGUACUCACCCACCUCACCCACUUACUCACCCACUUCCCCAAAGUACUCGCCCACUUCUCCCACCUACUCACCCACCAGCCCCAAGGGCUCCACCUACUCACCCACCUCCCCUGGUUACAGCCCCACCUCCCCCACAUACAGCCUCACCAGCCCUGCCAUCAGUCCAGAGGACAGCGACGAGGAGAACUAAAGGAGCGAAGGCGGGGAGAGUGAGCCAGCAAGAGCUACAGUCCAUUCACCGUGCCCUCUGCCGUGUGUACACGGACCAUGCCAGUCUCCUCUCCUCGGUACAUGUCCUCUUGGGCGUGAACUCCUCUUUUAUACUGACGUUGCGG